AUGUCCAAUAAGCCGGCAAUCCCCGACUGGCAACGCGCAUCUGCCGAUAACGCCGCAGCGUCCCCAGAGCCCGAAGAAGCACGCGCGCAAGACGCCGUCGAAGCGCCAACACCGACCGAAGACGACGUUGAAGGAGAAGAUGGGGGAGAGCAGCCGUCUCAAAGCUCAGAGCUGCUAGAACAAGCAUCGCGCUUCCUUGAAGAUGCCACAAUCCGCGAUGCGCCGCGAGAGAGGAAGGUCGCAUUCUUGCAGUCCAAGGGCGUGAGCACAGAGGACAUUGAGACGUUGCUAGGCACAGAGCCACAGGAGGACACUCACACACAUGUCGAGGAAGUCGGGCAGCGGGCGUGGUCAGCACCGCCGCCGCCUCCACCACGCGAGAUACCCCCAAUCGUUACCUAUCCAGAAUUCCUUGCGAAUACCGAAAAGCCACCGCCUCUCAUCACCACCCAGCGCCUUGCGACAACCGCAUACGUCACAGGAGGCAUCAUGGCAAGCAUAUAUGGACUGUCAAAGUACAUCAUAGCGCCCAUGACACACAGCCUUGCUGAAUCAAGACAAGAUUUUGCAUCACACACUCAAGAACAGCUGAAGGAGUUGAACUCGAGACUAGCCAAGGCAGUGUCCGUUGAUCCUGCUAGCAAAGUCAAGGCAAUCGCAGACGCUGCAGACGAUGUCUCAGAAGCCGACUCCGAUCCUACUGAGCUUUACCAUCGCGACUAUGGCACCCAAACCACACCCAACCUCUCCCGUCGACCCUCUACUUCCGCUGCAGAUCCCCACCCUACCGUGACAGCGCAAGAGAAUCGCCUCAAGAUUAUAAAAUCACAUCUGCAAGAGCUGGAAACGAACCGCACCAACGACGGCAAAUCGCGAGAUGCGCUGAGGACAAAGGUGUCAGAUUUGACCACAUAUCUGACUGAAAUGGACUACCAGAACCAAUACUAUCCCAGCAUGGGCCGCUAUGGAUCUACCUUCACUUGGUCUGGUCAAGGCGGUAGUGGACACAAUGAUCAAAUGGAGGUGCUGAAGAACGACAUUAGGGCUGUCAAGGGGGUCUUUCUGAGUGCAAGGAACUUUCCAGUGGGGGGAAGGGGUGCACCGCCAAUACCUACUAGUAGAACACCCACGUUCACACUACUCCUCGGAAGUGCGGGUGAUCUUCGACGUUUGGAUGACAUUGGACUAUUUGUAGCCCCUGCCCCACUAUACGUCAUAUCCAAGCAGCAACAUCUCACCCUGUUAUGCACAUCUCCGCUGCGCAAUCACUACACAAACUUCAACCCCUUCUUCAGCCAACUGUCAACUAUCAUGUCGAGUUGGGCUUCCAAGUUGACUUCCUUGGGCCAUUCCAAGUCGGAGGACAAGGAUGAGACGUCACUCACUACACUCCUCGAUGCAGACCAAUGCGCGGAUUUGACGUUCUUGAUAGCAACUAUUACGGCAUCCAUGCGGCAGUCCUUGGUCGACACCUUCACCGCUGAAGAAUUCGCAAUCGAUCCAAACACUGCCAGAUCAGAGGAAGAGGUAUUGCGAGACGCACCCUCCAAUCUCGACGAUGUCGAUGUUGCCAAAGAAGACAAGAUCAAGAAAGAGAGGGAAGCACGCGAAGAAGAUGCAAGAAAAGAGCUCGCGCAACCUGAAGUGCAAGAACUGAAAAAGGAAAUGCUCAAGUACUUCGAUGGGUGGCGAGGCAACGUCAUCAGCAGAAUCGGCGAAGUACUCAAUUCGAAAGAAAAAGCCAAAGAACAGACACGUCAGGUCGAAGGCAAGGAGGUAAAGCAAAUUGCAAAAAAAUCGGAAACUGGUCUCAAGAGCAUCAGGAAGCUUGACGAGAAGGACGAGGACGAAGACAAGAUGUUCAAGGAUCUCUACCCCCCUGUAUCCAACGCCCUCACUCACUUGGAGGAGAGCAAACGCGCCCUCAUAUUGCAUUCGCUAGUACUCAUACUCCUAAGUUUGGAGCACUACUCAGCACAUUCUCGUGUCCUGAUUCUCUACCUUACCAGUUCUCUCAGGUUGAGUAGAGCCGUUCUGAAGAAAGAUGAGGAGACAGUCGCCCAAGGUCUUCUAGAAGCGGCAUCUCAACAACUAAAUGCUGACGAAGAAACCAAGCAAGCUGCUGAAAAAUCACAAGCCGCUCGAAAAUGGAAAGUCGGCCUCGCCGGUGUUGCUGGUGCUGCCUUGAUCGGUGUAACUGGCGGGCUGGCUGCACCACUUCUUGCGGCAGGUGUUGGAAGUGUGAUGGGAGGCAUUGGUCUAGGUGCUACAGCAGCCGCAGGGUAUCUAGGUACUCUGGCGGGUUCUUCUGUCCUCGUAGGCGGGCUGUUUGGCGCUUACGGUGCGAAAAUGACGGGGCGCGCCAUGGACGACUACGCCCGACAAGUGGAAGAUUUUGCCUUCAUACCUAUUCACCGUACCCAAGACCCGAGGCAUCAAGACAAUGAAUCUCGCCGCCUGCGCGUCGCAAUUGCAGUCUCUGGUUGGUUGCGCGCGCCCGAGGAAGUAUCAAAGCCAUGGAGAUACAUCAGCAAGGGAACAGAAGGCUUCGCACUUCGCUGGGAGCUUGAGGCGCUUCUCAAGCUUGGACAUAGCCUCGAAACAUUCGUGACCAGUGCAGCUUGGGGUUACGCGAAGAAGAAGAUUAUUGAGCAGACUGUUUUCGCUGCGAUGACGGCUGCAUUGUGGCCACUAGGCCUGCUCAAGAUUGCCACUAUGCUCGACAAUCCUUUCUCAGUAGCGAAAUACCGUUCUGAGAAGGCUGGCGAAGUUCUUGCUGAAGCAUUAAUCAACAAGGUACAAGGCGAACGGCCGGUCACCCUUGUGGGUUAUUCUCUCGGUGCACGCGUCAUCUAUUCCUGUCUCCAGAAACUGGCAGAGCGGAAAGCUUUUGGUCUCAUCGAGAACGUGGUUCUUGUCGGCGCCCCUUGCCCAUCUGACGUUGCCGACUGGCGGCGCAUCCGCUCUGUAGUAAGUGGUCGCUGUGUCAAUGUUUUCUCCAAAUCAGACUACAUCCUCGGCUUCCUCUAUCGCACCUCAUCCAUGCAGCUUGGUGUCGCAGGUCUGCAGCCCGUCGUUGGCGUACACGGAAUUCAAAAUGUUGAUGUCAGCGACCUCGUGGACGGUCAUCUCCAAUACCGCUUCAUCACCGGGUCUAUCCUUCGGAAGAUCGGGUUCGAAGACGUCGACAUCGAGGAAGUAGAGCGUGCCGAAGCUGAUUUAGUGAAGGAGAAGAAGCAGGAAGAAGAAGAAAGGAAGAAGAACGAAGGGAGCAAGGGAGAAGGCGAUGAAGAGAAGGAAAAAGAGGAGAUGGAGCAGGCUGUGCAGAAGAAGCAAGAACAGAGUUGGAUGCAGGUUACGCAGCAAAAGAUGCAGGGCUUAGAUAUUGGUGGGUUUGUUAAGGGUCUACCGGGCAAGGUGGCGCCAGGAUAUGGAGCAGAAAAGGCAGCGAAGACACAUACUGGAGAUUUCAAGGAUACUCAGUCGUGA